AUGUAAAGAUGACCUCUGAACUAGUUCAACGAACAAAGAGUCCCGCACGAACAAAGAGUCCCGGACUAGCAAGGAGUCCCGGACUAGCAAGGAGUCCCGCACUAACAAGGAGUCCCGCUAAAACUCCCCGUCCCCCCUCCGCAGUAUCCACAAUGUCACGUGAGCUGCAGGAGAUGCACUGUUUCCUCCGCCUCAACAGGGUGGAGACAUGUGAUGACUACACCUCGGCACCACCUCACCUCGACUACAGACCCACCAGAUUCCGCUUCCUCCUCGGCAACUUCUCCAAGAUGCUCUACGAGGGAGCUUGCUCGGAACCCUUCACAUUCGGAGGACACAAGUGGGAGCUGGGGUUGGCACUGAACGCGGAUUACGUUAAAGUUUACCUGUCUCUUGACAAGGCCCAGAUGUACCCUGCUGGGGUACAAGUUGCUCUACAGUUCAACUUGUCCCUCGUUAACUUACUAGCUCCCCUCAAAUCUCUCAAUAUUUCUGCCAGGGAGGGUGCUGUGUUCUCAAAGAACGGCCAGUGCUGGGGUUGUCAGCGCUUCUUCAAGUUAGUUGACGUAAUGAACGAGCCGGGAUUUGUCAGGAACGAUUGUCUCUCUUUAGAACUAGAAUGCACUAUAGUCAGUACCAUGUUUCAAGAUAUCAUCACCCUCAAUCCAAUGGAUGUUAAUCAUGAUGAAAAUGCUAAGCUGGACAAGUUGGACCUACUUUGUUCCAGGGAGUCCUACCACAGUUCUAAGUUCUACAUGGGAGGUGCUCACUGGCAAAUACGUCUCUUUCCUAACGGAGACGACGAGAAAGCACGUGGCAAAGUCUCCAUGUUUAUAAAAAACGAUGACAAAACGAACCGGAGGUAUAUGUUGGAGUGCCAGUUUACCCUGGGAGAGCUGAAGGAUCCCUAUCACGUGGAGAGUAGGAGGUUGGUAACAGAGUUCCCGCCCGGCUCUGGUAUUGGAAGAGGAGUGGACUCUAUCUGUGAGACCAACAAGCUGAAGAACUUUGUGUCGGGAGACCACAUAGUGGUGGGUGUGAAGAUCCUGACGUUGUUUUACGCAAGUGAAGUGGUCUACAAGAACCCUGCAAUUGAAACCAGAACUCAUCGGGAUGCGGAGGGUGUCGCACUUCUCGACUUGAUGGACGACCAGAACUUCAAGUGGCAACUGUGCGUCAACAGGAAGGCACUUUGUGACAACACCCAAGCGUAUGAGAUAGCUCUUCGUCUUGAUGGCUCAAUGGGCAGAUUAAUGUAUGUGAACUACAGGUGUUAUGGGUGGAUCUGUCAACUGAGAUGGAGAGUAGUUCUGAGAGCUGAGGGCUGCACUCCUGUCGUGCUGGGACCUAGCAUUGAUAUCGUGUGGAAUGAAGGAGCUGAGCUCCUCAUGACCACCCCACUUCCUGCUGAAUACAGCGAUAAAACCAUACAAAUCCUAAUGGAGAUGAGAAGUUGUGUCCUUUUCGAGCCGUCUAUUGACGGUUGUAGUGCUCCUGAGGUAGAAACAGCAGUCAGUGCCAGACAAACCACUGACAGGGAGAGGUUUGUGUUGGAACGAAGCUGGGAGUCCAAAUACUUGAAGUACAAGAAAGAUAGCAGCACCAAAGACGAGCUCAUGAAGAUCCAGAGCGAGGGCAAGCAAAGGUCUGUUGGAUCUGAAGAUCAUCUCAAGGCGUCCAUGAUAAUAUCCAAUAACUUUGUGAAAGAUUUGCUGAGGGAUCUGAGUGAUGAUCCAGUUCCAUUCUGUGGUGGUAGAGAGACGUCCAGGUCUCAGCCUCCUGAACAUUUGGCUGAUGUGUUUGAGCGAAAGCAGGAAGGAAGUGGUGGAAAUGGAGCAGUGGUGUCCAAUAUUUUAGAUACAUUUCAGUCUUCUUCCUCCACCAAUCUAACCAUGAACCAGCUGAGACAGUCCUUUCAAGGAUCUCUAGAUGCUCCACUAAAUGCCAGACUACCGAGCACUACAAUUGACACAAUAGAGAAAUCAGUUGGUGAUCAUCCCGACUUUUCAGUGGACGGACCGGAGGUGAAAAUUCAGGUCAACUUGACUGAAGGAAGUCAAGGAAGUCUUGUUCGUCCUGAGCUUGUGAGGUAUGAGGACUAUCGUGAAAUUAUUGAACAGAUUAUUGAUUUUUGCCAGACCCGUUUACCGUUCCGUGUGACUAGAGUGGCCAAGGGUGGAUCUCUAGGCCACGAUACUGCCACUAAAUCUAGAUCAGAUAUAGAUCUGGUUCUAUACAGUGAUGAUCUCCCAAAAACGGGACAUGCUAGAUGGCUACCGAGCAUCAUCAGUGCUUUGGCGAGUUUGCUAAAAGAUGCACAAAAGAUGCUGACAAAAGCAGAAAAGUCUCUUCCAAAGUUAACCUUCAUCUCCACCACUCAGUACUCAGUCCAAUUCACUGUUGGAGACUUGGACGUGGAUUUGAUUCCUUGUUACGAUUGGCGCAAUGAUUACAGUUCUCAAAACUUGUACCAGACAAUAAAAGAAGAGCGACCAAUGGAUUACAUCUGGUAUCUCUCAGCAGCCUGCGAAAAAGAGUCCGACUUCAUCAGAAAACAGCCGAUAAAGAUAAAGGAUAUGAUCAGGAUGGUGAAGCAUUGGAGGAAUGGCAUUCUGUGGAAGGAUCAAUUUCACAGACCAAGCAGUCUGCUACUGUCCCUUCUCGUUAUUGGGGCUCACGAAGAUAUGGUAAAGAAAGGUGCAUCUAACCUGCUCAUCACGUCUGAGUCAAUGUUACAAAGACUUACCGACAUGAUCCAACGUAAGCAUGAGCUGCGUCUGGAAUGGUCUACAAACUACAGUGAGACUGCACGUGCCAUGUUCCCAAUGAAGACGUGCCCUGUGGUCAGGAACCCAUCUAACCCAUCAGAUAACGUGGCAGAAACAGGACUGCAGAAUUGGACACAGUUCCCAGGGGAGUUCACGAGAUGGGCCCACUUCAUCGGAGUUGUCAAGAAUAGGGGCACUAUGGCUGCCAAACAGGCAAAACUCAAUGUAAUCGUUCAGAGGCUUUCGAGCGAUUUUUUAGCUAAAAAAAUGAGUAUCUUAGAGAAUAUGGGGAACAGUAACAAGAAUAUGGGGAACAAUAACAAGAAAGAGCUGGUAAGGAUCCAGACCCAGCGCAAGCUAAAUAUUACUCGAUCAGCGUCCAAUGACAAACAACAAUUCAUGGAAGUUCUGAGCGAGGGAAAUCAAGGGUCUGCCGUAUCAGGGGCACAUCCCAAACCUUCCGUGAAGACAUCCAAUGACAUCAAAGAGGUCAAGAAGAAUGAGAGUGAGGGCAAGGUAAAGUCUGCUGGAUCAAAGGAACAUUCAAAAGGAUCCACAAAGAUAUCCGAUAACAAGAAGGAACUCAAGAACAGUCAGAGUGAGGGUAAGGUAAAGUCCACUGUAUCCGAGGAACAUCCCAAGGCGUCCACGGAUAUAUGCGACAGCAAGAAACAACUUGUGAAGAUUGAGAGUGAGGGCAAGGUAAUAUCCGCUUCAUCCGAAGAAAAUCUCAGGGUAUCCAUAAUAAUUUCAAAUAACUUUUUAAAGGAUUUGCUGAAAGACCUCAGUGAAGAUCCGGUUCUGUUCUUUGGUGGUAGAGAGACGUCCAGAUCUCAGCCUCCUGAAAAUCUGGCUGAUCUGUUUGAGCGGCGACAGGAUGGAGGUGGUGAAAAUGAUGCUGUACUGUCCAAUAUUUUGGAUACAUUUCAGUCUUCUACCUCUUCUUAUCUAACCAUGAAUCAGCUGAAACAGUCCUUUCAAGGAUCUCUAGAUGCUCCACUUGAUGUCAGACUACAGGGUUCCAUGAUCGAGAGAUCGGUUGGUGAUCAUCCCGACUUCUCGGUAGACGGACCGGAGGUUAAACUUCAAGUCAACUUAUCUGAAGGAAGCAUUGUUCGUCCUGAGCUUGUAAAAUACGAGGACAACCGUGAAAUUAUUGAACAGAUUAUUGAUUUUUGCCAGACCCGAUUACCGUUCCGUGUGACUAGAGUAGCCAAGGGUGGAUCUCUAGGCCACGAUACUGCCACUAAAUCUAGAUCAGAUAUAGAUCUGGUUCUGUACAGUGAUGAUCUCCCAAAAACAGGACAUGCUAGAUGGCUACCGAGCAUCAUAAGUGCUCUGGCGAGUUUGCUUAAGGAUGCUGCAAUGAUGCUAACAAAAGCAGAAAAAUCUCUUCCAAAGUUAACCCUUAUCUCUACCACUCAAUACUCAGUCCAAUUCACUGUUGGAGACAUGGACGUGGAUUUGAUUCCUUGUUACGAUUGGCGCAAUGAUUACAGUUCUGAAAACUUGUACCAGACAAUAAAAGAAGAGCGACCAAUGGAUUACAUCUGGUAUCUCUCAGCAGCCUGCGAAAAAGAGUCCGACUUCAUCAGAAAACAGCCGAUAAAGAUAAAGGAUAUGAUCAGGAUGGUGAAGCAUUGGAGGAAUGGUAUUCUGUGGAAGGAUCAGUUCCACAGACCAAGCAGUCUGCUACUGUCCCUUCUCGUUAUUGGGGCUCACGAAGACAUGGUAAAGAAAGGAGCCUCUAACCUGCUCAUCACGUCUGAGGUAAUGUUACAAAGACUUACCGACAUGAUCCAACGUAAGCAUGAGCUGCGUCUGGAAUGGUCUACAAACUACAGUGAGACUGCACGUGCCAUGUUCCCAAUGAAGAUGUGCCCUGUGGUCAGGAACCCAUCUAAUCCAUCAGACAACGUAGCCGAAACAGGACUCCAGAACUGGGCUCAAUUUCCUGGGGAGUUCACGAGAUGGGCCCACUUCAUCGGAGUUGUCAGGAAUAGGGGCACUAUGGCUGACAAACAGGCGAAACUCAAUCAGAUCAAUGAGAGGCUGUCGAGUGACUUUUGAGUCACAGUCAAUCAUUUCGAAAAUUUGUUUAAAACUAAAAGGUUUUUUUUUUUCAUUUUGAAAACGGC